AAAAGAUUUAGCUGAUCCAGACAAGAGGAUUUCAAUAAUGGCUGCGGAUAAAGCCAUCAUGCCCAAUAAUGAGUUUUUCGACGAUCCAGAAGAAGGUUCUGGGCUUGGAGGCACCACACUUCGAUCAGGCAAAUCAGCUUCACGAGAUGUUCAAAAUCACCGAGACCAACCAAAACGCGCACGCACGGAUGAAGAUGCCAGUUCAUCCACCACGAAAUCAAACAGUAAAGAAGGAAGUGGAUCUAAAAAGUCAGAUUCUACUAGUGACAAGCGUUCGGAGUCCAAAAGCGAUUUUGUAGAAAAAAUGGAGGUUGAUUUAUCUAAAAAGCCAACGGUCUAAUAGAACCGGAGCGAGCUGCUAAUUAACUGGGUUUCUGUCACAUUGUUUACUCUUAAUAAUUUUUGUAAAUGUCUUUGUCCCUGUCUUCUUUUAUACAAAUAAUCCCCGUGAUUCACAUGAAUGUCAUGUUUAUGAUAUCCUGUGUUCAUUGUUUGUUUGACAUCUAACUAUAUGUAUUCUCUCUUCUUAUUUUCCGGAAUUGCCUGUCAUAUUGUACGCAUUUAUUCGACUUAAAUACUACUAAAUUGUACAGUUCCUGCAAAAGUAUACCAUUUGCUAUUCUAAUGUUCAGUGAAUUCAAUUUUGCUUAUAUGUUUUAUGAUAAAGGUAGGUAAUAAAAAUUUACAGUAUUCAAAUGACCACUUUUCUGUAAUUCAAAAAUAUAUCGACCAGCUGGCAGCAGGGUGGAAAAUCAGUUUCCGAACAAAUUAUUCAUUUUGUACAGUUUUGUUUAGAAAAUGAGUACGUAAAUAAACAGCAACAUUUCACUGAAUCACUUCAAAGUAGUGUUCUUUUAGUUAGCGAAAGUUAAGCUAUAUUAAUAAGUGCUACUGGAAUAAGAAAGGUUAGUUUGAUGUAUACGAAAACUUAUUGUCUAUUUGAACUUACAUUUCUAUGCAUUAACAACAGGUUUAGUCACAGAAGAAUAUACAUGCCUCUUAUGCGAAUACCCAGUUAUAACAGCUACAUGUUAUUAGUUUCCGAAAUAAAAGGAGCACAAUAAUACUGUUUUGUGAUACAACUAAUCGUGAAUUUUAAAAUGACUUGUACGUUACGAUCUGUAAAGUAAGUAUCCAUUGUUUAUAAAGCUGUAUCUCGUACUAUUUCUAACUUUCACGUUGAAAAAUCUACAGUGAGUUUAUGGGACACUCACUAUGCAAACAUUUAAUGUCAGAAAUUAAUAUGGGAGAAUAACGAUUACUUACUGACUACUUUGAAAAAUAUGAAGAAUAUUUGUAGAACUUAGUCCAUUUCGGUGACGAAGUUCUGGUUAUCCUACUUGAGUUUACCCAUGAAGUUUUGUUAGAGCAAAUGGUUGUGUCCAAACAUAGAUGCUUCCAUAUUUUCAGCGGUGGCCUAGCUUAGAAUUCAACUGAUAAAAUUACUAUAAUCUCCACAAACCCCAAUUUUGAUAAUAAGUAGAAUGUGGUGCAACAGAAGGGAUAAGUAAGUAAUAUGAGUGAAGGAUCCAAUUUUCGUUUGUUUGGUGGUAGCCUUUCUGAUAUUUCGCCAUCGGAAAUUGUUGUCACGUAAUCUUAGAACUAAUUUGAUUGAUAUGUUUUACAGUGAGUCUCUAAUACUUUGGCCUCACUACAAGUCUUUGUAAUUCCAAUAGAUAAGUAUGGUUGUGAUGUGUAUGCUUUUAUGUAGAACUCAAAUUGUUUCUCUAGUCAUAUACAGGAACUAAAGGUAAAUUAAACACAGUACUUAAAGUUCUCAAAUAUGUUUUAGCAUCUGAUAUUUGUUUAUGUAGAAUUUGUACUAACUGAUUAUUCCUGUGCCAGAUAAUUACGAAUUCCGAAUAUAACACGUUCAUUAGUGCUCAUCUAGCUUAAAUUAUAUUCGUGGCGACAGUGAAAUGUCGCUGAUCUCUAUUCAAAUCAUCCGGCAGUUGAGUCACUUAAUAUCGAAAAGAUCAUCAAUCCCUGUCAAGCACAUUCAACGCGAAUCGGUUAAUCGUACACCAUGGUUGUGAUGUGUAUGUUUUUGUGUAGGACUUUGUCUGUUCAUAACAAAUGACUAGAAAUUAUCAGUUAAAUGUCAACUGGAAGUUGUCCAAUUCGCUUUUUUGCAUUUCCGCUCAUGCCUAGGAUAUCAUAGAUCGAGCAAACUCUGUCACUGUAGUUUUCACGCGAUUUAUAAGUCAAUCCCGUGCUUACGAAUCUGUUAUCAGGAUGUUGGAUGAGACCUCACAAUUAUUUUCGUUAAACUCGAAUAACGCUAUUUAUUAAGUAGACUACUGGAUAGUGUCAUAAAUGAUAAGUUUCAAUAGGUACAUGGCAAGGGUAUUUUCGAUACAUCGCUAAGUAACAUACUAAUUUAAGAGCGGAAAAUGACAUGAGAACAGUUACUGAGUAGAAACGAGAGCUUACAAUUAGAAAAAUGUAAAAGUUACGUAUGACAGCUAUUUGAUAAAUUUUUGUCAAGAAUGUAGUAGCUACUUCGCAAAAGAACGACCACUCGAACUUCGUGGACUUUGUUUAUUUCUAGAAGCGGUCGACCCAUUGAUUCAGGCUCUAGGUAACCGCUAUGGACAGUCUAUGUAACACAGCUCAAAAUGCUGGAUGAUUAGAUUUGACCCUCGGUAAGAGUUACACCCUGAUAUGCAGCGCUCACUCACCAUAUCAAGGAAAUAAUGAAUGAAAGCGCUUUGAAUAUUACAGUGUGAUGGACAUGAUUUGUCCAUAGUUGACUAAAUGCUCCAGAAUAGUCUUUCUAAAAUAAUCUACACAUUCAAAGGAAUUAAAUCGAAGGGAGGUCGAAUCAAAAACUUAUGCACUGCUGAGGUAUUGGCAUUUCACCAACUGAAGCCUGAAAUCUGCGUGCAAAUACAAUAAGACCAACCUCUCAUCCUUCUUUGACCCCAAUUCCAUUUUUGUAGUAUGUUUUAGUUAAUUUUUCUAAAUCAGUGUUUUGUAAUUUUACACCGCAAUCAGUUACUAUUAUCCUUUAAUAGUUUUUCAUGAUUAUUAUUCAGUUAUUAUUACGACCUUUGUGUUUUUCAUUUUUCCUCACAUUUGUCAAGAGGACAGUUAUCUUUGUAGUAGUAAAUAAAUCCCUGGAAUCAAUAACUCUGUAAGUCUUCGACGUUUGAUACUGGCCAAGUUAAUUUGGAUGGACUCACCUAGCUGAAGUCACGCAUCCGCACCAGAUCACGAGUGAGAACGCUGUGCUUCACAUCUAUGACCACUAGCCAGUUUAGAUUAGUCACUUCUCGAUAUAUCGAUAUUCUAUCAUAUAUAUCUUCGAACCUCCUCGCAUUUGAUUUCACCAGGUUGGCACGUUUCGAUUAUAAAAGGUGUUGCUAUUUAAGGUGUUUUCAAACUCAGAAUAUUUGUGGCAUUUUUAUCUUUUAUAAUUCUGACUCGUGAAUUAUUUUCGUCCUCAUACACUUCUCUUACCCUUUGAGUAUUUCUUAACUUCAUUUGAUAAAAAGUCUCGAAUCAGUUUAUGACGCAAUCUUUUCUACCCUCCUAUAGACACGUAUUUACCUCACAACUAUUGAUACGAAUGUGCAGCAUAUGCAAAUGAUUUCAUCGAAAAUAAAAGUUCCCAUCAUUGAAUUCUCUUUAUUUUUAUUCAGUGACACUUUAAUUGAAUUUAUUUCAGCUAAAGUAAUUUCGUACUUGCGUGCAUUGACUUGGCUUACGUGUAUUUAUUGCAUGAAAGCAUACUUAGUCAACUUUGAAUUGAUUUAUUUCGGCUGGGGUUUUAAAUGUUUCUCAAAUCCACAUUUGGUUUAUUUUUGAGAUGGUCGGCCCUACUCAGAAAUGUGGACUGCCAUAUUGCUUAUUCCCUGUGGAGGAAGGAAUGAAAUGUGGUGAGUGUAAUGCGUGAUUCCAUAAGAUUUGUACUCGCCUGAAUACCACUGCAUAUAAAAGGUGCUCAAUACCUAACUUCCAUUGGCUUGGUAUGUUUUGUUGUUUGAGCAGGGCAUUACUCAUCCAAGAGGCGAUUAGCCUUCUGUUGUUGCCUAACAUAUAUCGUUAUUCUAUCAAAUAUAUCUUUGAACCUCUUCGCUUCUGACUUUCGAUUUCUCUAGAUAGGCACGUUUUAUUAUAGGUGUUACUGGUUGAGUUGUCCAAUUCCGAAUACUUGUGGCAUGUUUAUAUAGUAGUAAGUUAUGUCUUAUAACACAACUAUACAUAAUUCAUAAAGAUUUGUACUUGUUUUUGUCUCAUUUACCACAAAGUAUUUUGCUUUAUGCGGGAACGAAAGCAUUUUCUUCUUUGUGAUCAUCGGGGGUAUGAAUGGUUAAGUUAUUUGGUUGUAUAUCUGCCAGGAGCAAACCCAUGUCUCUUUGAAUGAUCCAUUUGAGUCGAUUCUACGGUCUUGAUUGUUAUUUUUAGGUUUAUUCAAUGUUGUAUAUUUGGCACAUUAUAGAAUUUUCAACACAAAGUAUUUUAACGAGUUUCCGUUUCUUAUUUCUUGGGUGAUUCUGAUGAUAAAUAUUGAGUGGUUACCAGUUAGAUGUUAAGAGUUGAGGAGUCGACAUCUGAAUAAUGUACAUUCUUUUCGGUGCAUAUUGCCAUCAACCACAAUGUCUAUUAUUGGGCUUUCUUUUAAUUUGUACAUCGAAAGGCUACGAAGUUUCCAUAAAAUUACGGAAAUAAAUUAUGCAAUUUAUGGACACAAUGAUGUGUUAAAAAAACAGAUAACUUGUUAAAAUUCCUAGAUGGCAGCGACAAGUAACCUAGAUAUGCAAGCAAGCCUUAAUGUUAAUUGCCUUAUAUAGGAUUAUUUCUUGGUACAACUGGCAGUUGCAUUUGAUUUAUAGACCAUUACCGUAGUGGACCUAGAUAAAGUGACAGUACAAUGGCUUGCCAUAAUGGAUAAUGUGCAUUUAAACUAACUAAUAUUGGAACAGAAAGAACACGCAGAAACUCUCUGAACAGCAUUCUAUUGGCGAAUAUUACCACUUAAUUGGUGGAGAACACAUUUAAGUUGGAGAUAGAAUAAUAUAUUUAGUAUGAAUAAAAGAGAUAAGUUACACAAGAAUGGCCGCGCUUGUAAGACUGAGCCAUGCCAUUCGAUUAAACUGGAUUAAUUUUCCCGCUUUUCAUGGUUAACCAUCUCUUCGUGUCAAUUGUUGAAUAUAAGUCUUUUCAGUAAUUAUAUGCUUGGCUUCAAAUGUCCAAUGCCACUGCAAAUCCUUGACUGCAUAGCACAGGCUUUGCCAUUUGAAGUGUUUUGCGCUUUUGAUCUUAUUUGUUUUUUUGUUAAAUUUGACCGUUUAAAUUAACACGAGCCACUUUAAUCGCUCCGUACACCAUAAAGAAGAAUAUAGUCUGACUUAAUGGAAUAAACUUUGGUUCGUUGGUACUGCGUUCGAACUGAAUAUUUGUUUUCCGGUUCUUAGAUCCGUGCCAAGCAGCCUGCUCAGAGAGGGGAAUAAUUCGGACUCCAAUCGUUGUCCUCGGUCAGUCGUGACAGUCGAGGGACAACCGUAUAGUGCUAUCCAUCGUUCUACGAAGCGGUGAUCAACUGUCUCCGCAGUGAUAGACGUGAUAUGAAUAACUUCGGUCCAUCUUGUGAAACGGUCGAUGCAUGUGAGUAUGUGAUCAUACCCGUGCGAUGGUGGCAAUGGUUCCACAAUGUCUAUAUGAACGUGAUAAAAGCGAGCAUCAGGCGUAGCAAACGAGCCAAUGGGGGCAGCUACGUGCCUGUGCACUUUUGAUCGUUGACAUUGUAAGCAUUGCUUUACCCAUAUAUGGACAUCUUUACUCGUGGACAGCCAGACGUAUCGUGCAGCUAUGGGACGUAAUGUAGCUGUGAUGCCCGGAUGAGACAGUCCAUGCAGGGCAUCGAAGACGAGACAACGGUAAGCAGAGGGUACGAUGGGUCGGGGAAGACCAGUAGAAGUACCACAUAGGAUAGUACCUGAGCUAGUAGCUAGGGGUACUUCCCGGCACUGAAGGGAUGUAGGUUGCGGUGAUUCUGUACAAAAAGGAUCGUUCGCUUGGGCGGCAGCCAUAGCAGGAAGAUCGAGCACCGGUAAAGUAACUGCAUUCACUUUAAUACGUGACGGACUUACUUACUUACGCCUGUUACUCCCAAUGGAGCAUAGGCCGCUGACCAGCAUUCUUCAACCCACUCUAUCCUGGGCCUUCUUUUCUAGUUCCAUCCAAUUCUUGUUCAUUUUUAUCAUGUCUAUCACCAUUUCCCGGCGUAAUGUGUUCUUUGGUCUUCCUCUUUUCCUUUGACCUUCAGGAUUCCAUGUGAGGGCUUGUCUUGUGACACAGUUGGGUGCUUUCCUCAAUGUGUGUCCUAUCCACUUCCAGCGCUUCUUCCUGAUUUCUUCCUCCACUGGGAUCUGGUUUGUUCUCUCCCACAGUACGUUGUUGCUAAUAGUGUCCG